AUGAGGGACAGGCUUAGUCACCUGCAGGCUCUCUCUGAGUCCAGCAGCAAUUUGGAAGAGUUGGAAUUUGCUGAGUCAGUCUCUGAUUCAUUCAGCAACGUGGACUUAGAAGAUGACUUCCCACAGCAGGCCAUCAUUUACGACGACAGCGAUGAAAUGGAGGCCGUGUUUGAUGAGGCUCAGGACACCAGGCGUGAGAUUCAGCUCAUCCGUCUGGAUGUCAAGCGGCUCCGAGACCAGAACACACGCUUGCUCGCUGAGCCGACUCGGACCAGCACCAUAAAGCGUGACUCCAGUGCCAUUGCUGCUGACAUCAAAAGCCGUGGGGAGAAUUUGUUGGCACGCCUUCAUAAGAUUGACUCUCAGGCCAAAGACCUCGAAGAGGAGCAUGGGAUCAAUUCUGCCGUGGCCAGGAUUGCACGCACACAGUAUGCCGGCCUGAGCAACAACUUCAGGCAAGCAAUGAUGGAAUACAACGACACAGAGAUGACCCAUCGGGAGAGAUGCAAAACGCACAUCCAGCGGCAGAUGGAGAUCGUAGGCCGAGAGGUGACAGGGGAGCAGAUUGAGGAGAUGCUGGAAAAUGGCCAGUGGAAUGUUUUCAGUGAGAACAUCCUCUCUGAGGGGAAAACAGCACGCUCUGCGCUCAGCCAGAUCGAGAGCAGACACCGUGACCUGCUGGAGUUGGAGAACCGUCUCAAGAGCAUCCAUGAAGUGUUCCUGGAUGUGGCCAUGCUGGUGGAAGAACAAGGGCCCAUGAUAGAUUACAUCUACACCAAUGUUCAGAAAACUGAUGCUGUACUAAAAGAGGGCUUGUUCAAACUUGGCCGAGCAAAGAAACAUGAUAGCAAAAAUCCAUUUAGGAGGAUGUUCUGUGGCUGCUUUCCUUGCAUCAAGUGA